AUGUUUAGUGAUAUUAUUUGAUCAAUCAAUGAUACCAAAAUAUACAUUCGUUUGUACAUACGUGCUAUUACAUAAACGCUCUUUAUUAUGCAUUUCUACAUGCAUAACAGUGCUCCCUUUAAAAUCUCUGUCUUUCACCAUUUAGUUACUCUCCAUCUCCUGUCAAAAAAAAAAAAAAAAAAAAAAAAAGUUACUCUCAUGUGUGACCUUGACCCACGUGUGACCUUUCCCUCCUCCCUCCUGCUUGUGUGGCGUCCAUCAUCCUCCGUAUCCAGCCAUUUUAGAUUCCAUUUUCUCCAUAUUUUUAAUAUCUUCCUUCUAAAACUUCAUCUGUAAAUUCCUUUCUUCUUAACUUUAUUUCUCCAUUCUCCAAUGGCGGAAACUUCUGCACUGUAUUUAUCUGGAUCUUCAUUUCUAACCAUUUCUCGAAGCUUCCGUCAAUUCUCUCCUUCCUCCUCUACUAACAUUCAUCAUCAACCUUUCUCCUUCUUCAUUCCACCUCUUAUUUCAUCUCGAUUUUUCCGAUUGACAGCCAAAGCUUCUUCUGAUAAUCCUUUUGACUUUGACUAUGGAUCGUAUCCGUGGGACCCUCAAUCGAUUGAUUCCGAUUCUGGUAUUCAGUGGGUUCGUGAGGACACAAUCACAAUGCUCACUGCAGAUGGGCUCAUACAACUUGGAGGUUCUUUGGUACCCCGGCGUAUUUCUCCAUCAGAGAAGCAGGGUAAGGUGAAAGUUCCUUCGAGGUAUCAGCGCUUUCAGGAGAGUGAUUACAUGGAUCCAAACCAAAGCCUUUGUCUGGGUGCACUUUUUGAUAUUGCAGCAACAAAUGGGCUUGAUAUGGGUAGAAGGCUUUGCAUCGUUGGCUUUUGUCGUUCAAUUGAGAUGCUUAGUGAUGUUGUUGAGGACAGUGUCCUGGAGCAAGGUGGAGAGGUUGUUGUCGCUGAGAAAGCAACAAAGGGUGGAUUACAGGAGAAGCUGAGUAUGACUGUUGCGGUGCCACUACUUUGGGGUGUUCCUCCUGCUUCCGAUACACUCCAUCUUGCUGUCAGAAGUGGUGGAGGGAUAGUGCAGAAGGUAUUUUGGCAGUGGCACUACAUGUAAAUAAACUGCUGACUUAGUUUGUCUGACGCAUCUAUUCAUCUAUUGUGAAUUCUGUACAUAAGCUUAGAAUCUAUAUAUAUCUGAAACUGUACAUUUGUGUAAUCUUUAAAAUCUAACAUUUGACGGUUGUAUAAUCAUUAUUCCUCAUUAAUUGACAUGAAUUUCUGGUAAGAUUCA